AUGGGAACUAAAAGAACACACAAGGAGGUUGACGUUACUGCCGUUACCACUAAUCCAUCUGUAGCAGUUGCAUCUUUCUUCAAUGGUUUCCGGCCGUCUGAAGAUGCCACCUUUGAACUGUACAAGACAAAAGCAGCCGACAGCUAUGUUCUUCACGGUGAAAACCAGAAACUAGAGUACGAAGGCCGCGUAGAUAAUAACAAAGGGUACCAGUACAUGCUAGGAGUGUAUGACCCAAGCAGCAAAUCAAUUGAGCUUUAUCAAGCGCCGGUAUUACCUACGUCGGUGAUAUCUAAAUCUAAGAAGAGACUGGCCGGCAAAGAUAUCAAGCAGGCCGACGCGCGGGCCUCUACGAUGCGCACUGCAUUAGGACAAGCCUUUGGUACCAAGAAGGCCAAGAAGGCGAUUGCUGACCUAGAAAGAAACCGCAUCGACUCCGAUAAGCUCGUCGGGUCUGUAGUAGAUAUUGUUGGAUCUGUCCGUGCAGCCGCAAAAGACCUCCCUACACAGCAGGAAAUGGCCGCUACCAUAUCAGAGGACAGGCCAAUCCCACCACCGAAUGUCGACGCUACGGAUGUUGAGCAAAUUUAUCCAGUGAGGAGCAUAAUUCCUCAACACGAGUGGAACUUCAUCAGGGUGGGUCCGAUUAUGAAGGAAAAAGACGCUCAGCAGCGCUUGCAGAUGCUGCCAUACACAAAGUCCGCAUACAUUACAAAAAAGCUGCCGACUUUGACCCAGUCAGUGCAGAUGGAAAAGUUACAAUUGUUAUACUACCUAUCGCUUUUGCUUGGUGUAUACAACAACCGCCGCGUCAGCAACAAGGAAAAUCUUCUGGAAAAGCUCAAUUCGCCAGCUGACACGUUGGUUGAUGGAAUCCUUGAACGAUUCACAGUUGUUCGGCCAGGUCAAUUUGGCCGGUCCAAGGAUCGCUCCUUCGCCAUCGACCCACAACGCGAGGAUAAGCUACUGUGCUACAUUCUGGCACUUAUAAUGCAUCUUGACAAUUUUAUUGUCGAGAUCUCACCUUUCGCACACGAGCUGGGUCUCAAACCUUCAAAGCUCGUAAACCUACUCCGCACUAUGGGUGCAACCGUCAAGGGUGCAACAGUAGCACAAGCGCAGGCCUUUGGUAUACCAAAGAGCGCUGCCUCCACCUAUAAGAUUGCAACCCUAAAGGUGCCUUUCAAACUUCCUGAACUAAACAAGAGAGGGAAAGCCGCCAGACGCUAA